AUGACUGGAUUUGGUACUCCACGUAAUACCACUUAUGAAGCGGAAGCCGGCGAGCUGCCAUAUGAAGACAUGAAGAAGUCCGAAACCGUUAUCCCAUCGCAGGCUGGCUGGAAUCGAGGCGAUUCCCAAAAGGGCAUGACCGGAUUCGGUGCGCCACGUGACGUGAAAGGCAAGCAUCUGAAGCGUAUCUGGGAGUUGGAAUAUCCCGAAGAAGCGGAAGCAUCACUUGAUCGGCUUUAA